CGGUGUUCCGUGGUUGAGGAGCGGUUAUGACGGUGGUUUAGGAACAUUCAUUCUCUUGGAUGUCCUUUCGGGAACAGAGGGGAACUCUGACCUCGAGCUGGGUCCCGCCUUCGCGGUGAGGAGGCCCCAUUCCUGAGAUCAGGCGUGACCUGUAUAACCCCAGAUUUCCCUGUCUUUCUGCAUAGGUUCUUCCUUUAAGCACCAAAAUAGAGGUGGCAAUAAUUAUGUUAUCAGAGAGUUGUAAGGAGUUGGAUGUAGAAGUCCUUCCAUGAUUGGCUUCCUAUAACACGUCUGUAGUUUCCUGAUUCUACUUCGUAUCCUAUAAUCAUGGACUUGUUUAUGUGACCUUCCAAGCCCGUAACAAAUCAACUGGCCAGUCUCCUCAUUUUUCUUGAAGAUUAGUUACACAGGAUAUGCUGCUGUACACUAUUUUGGGAUUGCUUAUACAUUUGGUGUUCUUCGCCUCUAUCUUUGACAUUUAUUUUACAUCUCCUUUGGUUCAUGGAAUGACUCCUCAGUUUACACCAUUGCCUCCCCCAGCGAAAAGAUUAGUGCUGUUUGUUGCUGAUGGCCUGCGAGCAGAUAAACUUUAUGAAUUAGAUGAAAAUGGAAAUACUAGGGCACCAUUUAUUAGGAAUAUCAUAAUGCAUGAAGGCAGCUGGGGGAUAUCUCACACACGUGUGCCAACUGAAUCUCGGCCAGGCCAUGUAGCCCUGAUAGCAGGGUUUUAUGAAGACGUCAGUGCAGUUGCCAAAGGAUGGAAGGAAAAUCCUGUAGAAUUUGAUUCUCUUAUUAAUGAAACCAGGCACACAUGGUGCUGGGGGAGCCCAGACAUCUUGGCUAUGUUUGCCAAAGGUGCUAGUGGAAACCAUGUUUUUGCAUAUAAUUAUGAGGCUUACAGCGAGGAUUUUGGUGCCCAGGAUGCAACAAAACUGGAUACCUGGGUUUUUGAUAAUGUGAAGGAAUUCUUUCAUGCUGCCAGAAACAACCAAUCUUUGUUUUCUAAACUAAAUGAAGACAAAAUAGUUUUUUUCUUACAUUUAUUAGGAAUAGAUACAAAUGGACAUGCUCACCGACCAUCGUCAAGGGAAUACUUGAACAAUAUUAAAAUAGUUGAUGAGGGAUUGAAAGAAAUUGUGUCUACUCUUAAAGAUUUUUACGGAAAUGAUGGGAAAACAGCAUUUAUCUUUACUGCUGACCAUGGAAUGACAGACUGGGGUUCCCAUGGAGCUGGUCAUCCUUUAGAGACUUGUACUCCUUUUGUCACUUGGGGAGCUGGAAUCAAGUAUCCUCAAAAAGUGUUAGCUCAGAAAUUUGAUGAUACAUAUUUGCAAGAAUGGAAAUUGGAGAACUGGAAGAGACAAGAUGUCAAUCAGGCUGAUGUUGCACCACUGAUGGCUGCUCUUAUUGGAGUUCCCUUCCCUCUUAAUUCAGUGGGAACCCUUCCUGUGGAUAUACUUAACAGCACUGAUCUCUUCAAAGCAGAGAGCAUGUUUACAAAUGCAGUACAGAUUCUUGAACAGUUCAAGGUGAAAAUGGCUCAGAAAAAAGAAGCUACUUUACCAUUUUUGUUCACACCAUUUAACUCGCUUUCUGAUUCUAAACAGAUCAACAUUUUAAGAAAAGCAAGAUCUUAUAUAAAACAGAAAAAGUAUGAUGAAGCAGUUUCCCUUUGCAAGGAGCUGAUUAAUCUUGCAUUGAAAGGAUUGUCCUAUUAUCACACUUAUGACAGAUUCUUUUUGGCUUUCAAUGUCGUUCUUGGCUUUGUGGGAUGGACAUCUUAUGCUUCUUUGCUGAUCAUCAAGUCUCACUGCAACCUUACCAGAGGUGUUAGUAAAGAAGUCAAGAAACCAAGCCAUCUCCUGUCAUGCAGUUUUAUAGCUGUUGGCGUUUUACUAGCACUUUUCCUGCUGAUUCAAGCCUGUCCCUGGACUUACUACAUAUAUUGCUUAUUGCCACUGCCAGUAUGGUAUGCGGUUCUGAGAGAAUUUCCAGUUAUUCAAGGCUUGGUCACAUUACUGUUGACCUUCCCUCCAAGUCAUUUUGUUGGAUACCUGUUACUCUUUAUCCUGGGAGUUGAAGUAUUAGUUCUCAGUUUUUUCUACCGCUAUAUGCUUACAGCUGGACUCAUUGCAUUUGCAGGUUGGCCAUUUAUCACUCCACUGUGGACUCGAGCAAAGAGCACCUCGCUGAGUUGGAUUUUCUUCUGUUUGCUCCUGGCAGUGUUCCCACUUAUGCCUGUUGUAGGACGAAAGCCAAAUAUCUUUCUAGUAGUGGGUGCAGGCUUGCUGGUUCUUCUGCUAUCCCUGUUUGUUGUAACAUCUGUCUUAAAAAGAAAAGAUAGUCUUGUAAGUGAAGAGCUGGUGUUACAUCUAUUACAGAUGCUAAGCACGGUGCUUUCCAUUUGUGUUGUGUAUGGCACUCAUAAUAGUCUACUCAAGAAACAAGGACUGCCUCUUAUUAAUCAGGUUGUUAGCUGGAUAAUAUUAGCCUCUUCCUUCGUCAUGCCUCUACUGAGUCCUCUGAUUCUCUUUGAUCGGCUGUUUAGCAUUCUUGUUUCCUCAAUGUCGACCUACCUACUUCUAAGCACAGGGUAUGAAGCUCUCUUCCCAUUAGUGUUGUCAUGUUUGAUGUUUGUCUGGAUACACAUGGAACAAGAAACCCUGCCACAAUCUGUUGUUUUCUGUAAACAGAAGGUCUCCAGUAUCCAAUUCACCUAUAAUACUGAUAUAACCCAGUUUCGAGACCUCUAUCUGGAUGACAUCCGUAGGGCCUUUUUCCUUGUUUUCUUCUUAAUGACGGCCUUUUUUGGAACUGGGAAUAUAGCUUCUAUUAACAGCUUUGAUCUUGCCUCUGUCUAUUGCUUUCUGACCGUGUUUAGUCCUUACAUGAUGGGAGCCCUGAUGAUGUGGAAGAUUUUAAUCCCCUUUGCUCUUGUGAUGUGUGCUUUUGAAGCUGUUCAGUUAACUACCCAGUUAUCAUCAAAAAGUCUUUUUCUCAUGGUUAUCAACAUAUCAGACAUCAUGGCUUUGCAUUUUUUCUUCUUGAUCAAAGAUUAUGGCAGCUGGCUUGAUAUUGGAACAAGCAUCAGCCACUACGUGAUUGUCAUGUCCAUGACCAUCUUUCUGGUGUUUCUCAAUGGCCUGGCACAGAUGCUCACAACAAAGAAACUCAAACUGUGUGGCAGACCCAAAAGCCACCUCACGUGAUGUUGCCAAAGCCAUCAUUCAGCAUCCAGAUCCUGGUUCUCAUUCUCCUUGUCAACUAAAAUCUUAUCAAGGAUUCAUAAAGGAGAUGGAUAUUAAUGUAUAACAUACUCUGCUCAUCUAAAGGAAAUUAUAUGUGGAAUUCUGAAUUUAUGGGUUAUCUGGAAUAAAGGAGCUUCCAUUUUCUUUAGGUUUUGCAUGAAGUCAUGGUUACAUCUGUGGAAAAGCAGAGUAAAGCAUUCUACAUCUUCAUUUUUUCCUUUAGUUGGCAACUCCUCUCACUGAUGUUUCAGAGCACCUGUAACAGUCUCUGGUCCCCAGCUGUACAGCUUCCUGUAUUAUAUGCAGAGGAGAAUGUGCUCCUGAGGGGGCAGUACUGAUCACAUCCAAAAUCAAUGCACUGGCUGAACAUGAAGUAAAUCACCAGGUGGCACCAUAAAUAUUUAUCAACUCUAAGCACUUGUUUUGCAAGUAGUUCUAACUACUAAACAACAUUAGAAAGACAAUCAGGAUGUGUAGAAAAAUGUUUGCAGGUGUUUUUCAUUUUUCUUCAGUAUUCAGCAAUACUAUUUUAUGCUUUUUAGUGCUUUUUUAGUUUUCAUAGUCAAUCAGCUAGAUGCAGGUUUUACCUUCACUUUUUUUUUUUUUCCAUUUCUGGAUUCUCAUGGAAUUUCUGGAGAUAGAAAAGCAGAAAAAGCUUGUUAUUUGUGUCUUGUCCGUGGGGGAAAAGAUUUAAGUGAUUAGUUUUUUUUGGUUUUUAAAAUUUUUAUUUUAUUUAUUUAUUUUUGGCUGCAUUGGGUCUUCGUUGCUGUGCGCAGGCUUUCUCUUGUUGCAGAGCACGGGCUCUAGAGCGCAGGCUCAAUAGUUUUGGAACACAGGCUCAGUAGUUGUGGCUCACAGGCUCUAGAGCGCAGGCUCAGUAGUUGUGGUGCAUGGGCUUAGUUGCUCCGCAGCAUGUGGGAUCUUCCCAGACCAGGGCUCGAACCCAUGUCCUCUGCAUUGGCAGGCAGAUUCUUAACCACUGCACCACCAGGGAAGCCCCUAAAUGAUUAGUUUUUAAUUGUAGAUUCAAUAACUGUUACUUCCAAAGCUUUUAUCAUGCAUUAUUCCAACAGAAUUCUUUAAAUCAAUAGUUAAACUUUCUGAAAAUAUCAUAGGUCAGUGUUAAAAUUGCUUUUCUUUCUGGUUGUGAGAUUCUAGCUCAAAGGCCCAAAGUCCUCUCGUUAAAGUUUAAUUUCUAUUCAUAAACUAAUUUUAAUGGACAAAAUAUUUUGAGAGUAAUUUUUAUUUGGAUUCUUCAUAAAGUGACCUUUAGAUGUCACUGUGGAGUUGGCCUUUUGCCCAUGGUGAGCCGGGAGAGUUUGGCUGAUGCUAAGCUUUCUUGGUCUGAGUCCCAUUUUUAAAAAGUAAUUGAUUUUGAAUUAAGUUAUAGCAUCACUAAUUCAUUAUUAAUGAUGAGGAAGCCCUCUACAAAUUAGCACAUUUUUCAAACUGGCAGGUGAGUGAACAGAUACAAUUUAGGAGAUUCGAAAAUCAGUUUGGCAAAAUGUACUUUCUUAAUUCCUAUUUAUGAUGAAGUAUAGUUAUAAUUGACUUGUGAUAGUACUUCAUGGUAUACCAGCGAAAGCAUUAUAGUACAAAAAAACAAGAGACGUAUUGAUGUCAAUGUAAGACCUCAUGCAGUCUGUAAUAUGAAAUCUAGGUGGACAGCUAAGAAGCUGCUGAAACGGUAUUGGCAGGUGGAGAACCCAUGAACUUUCACGUUGCCUCAAAGGAUUUUUGAUCAGUCUUUUCACAAGUCAGAGAAAACUGACUUUAUAAACACUUAUUAUUUUUCCUUUUAUAUCUAGUUUUGCCUUUCAACUUUCUCCAGAUUUUCACACAGAGGAAUUAAUGAAUAUUUUAUUACAACACGGUAAAAGGUGCUCUGUGCUUUAUCUUUAUUUUGCUUUUCGAAGCACAUCGUUUUAAUAUUGUUUCAAGUCAGUGUGAAUUUACAAAACAUGGAUUGCCCCUACAGCCACAGGCCAGCCUUGCUCUACUAUGACAGGGCCCCUCAGACUCACCUGGGAACAGUGCACUGGAUGGGCCUUUUCUACUGCACAGCUUAUCAGAAUAUCUUGAAGUGUUUUGAAAUGCAUAUUUUUAUAUUGAAAAACAGAAAAUAUAAAUAAGAUUUAAGUAAAAUAUAUUUCUGUUUAAGGCAUUUACUUUUUCAUUGUAACUAUAAAUAUCAGGUUUUCAAGUCAAGACUUAAGACAUUUGCUGAUUAACAUUUGUUUAAAUUAAGAAUUGCUGUAAGAAUUAAAGUGGGCAUAUCAGGUUGAGAAAAUACUGAACAACAAAAAAAAACCAUGCUAUGUCACAUGGACCAUGAAUAAAUCUUGGAGGAAACCCUAAGGAUUUAGGAAA